CGAAGCUUUGGACAAGUGAGUUGCCAUACGAGUACAAUGGAUGCAAAUAAAUGAAUAUAAUUGUAACAAUUGCGGCAAAAAUAAUAUUAACGCGCCAAAUAUCAUGAAAAUAUUUUAAAGUCGGCAAAUGCGUAACGUAACAAACGCUAAAAUGGUGCCUGCCACGCGAACAACAAAAGCGCGAACAUGAUUGCCUUUGCACAGCUUAGAAAACGAAAGAUGCUUACUAAAGUGGCGAGAACGAUAGUGAAAACAAGAAUAACAAUAACGACAAAUACUACCAAUAUACAACCGCAGCAAACGUGUGUAAUGAAAAUGAAACGAAAAAGUAAAAUACCAAAAUUUUUGUUGUUUAUUACCGCAAUUUGUAUUAACAACUUCCGGCCCUGGCAUGGCGAUGGCGGAGAUGCAGGUGGUGGUUUACUGCCGCUUGUCUAUGGCACACAUAUGACCGUCACAGCUGGUGAUGCCAUCGCACAUACGUUCACCAUCGAAAUGCGUGGUCAAAAUCACUAUCACGAUGGUGGUGGAGGAGGCGGAGGCGAGAGUAGUGGCAGUUUGGAAAAUAUGGAUUUGGAGAAUAUGGAUAUGCAUGCCUUUGAUCAUGAUGCUGGCAUUGGAGCUGAACCAGAGGAAUCAGAGGAGCGCGAUCAUAUCGCACAUCAUUUUGAGAUGAAACAUCACGAAGAGUUGCUAGAGGAUAUUAGAGAUGAUGCGUCAACGAAUUUAUUGCCUGACAAAGAUUUACCAAAAUUUGGCGAGCCAUUACAAAAUGUCACAGUACCUGUGGGACGAGAGGCGGUACUGCAAUGUGUUGUCGAUAAUCUGCAAACCUACAAAAUUGCGUGGCUACGCGUCGACACACAAACAAUACUGACGAUACAAAAUCACGUUAUAACGAAAAAUAACCGAAUGAGCAUAACUCAUGCUGAGAAGCGUGCUUGGAUAUUGAGAAUACGUGACGUUAAGGAAGCGGACAAAGGCUGGUAUAUGUGUCAGAUCAAUACGGAUCCGAUGAAAAGUCAAGUUGGUUACCUGGAUGUUGUGGUUCCACCCGAUAUCCUUGAUUAUCCUACCAGUACGGAUAUGGUGAUACGAGAGGGCGCUAACGUAACGCUGAAAUGUGCAGCAGUUGGCUCUCCAACACCGACCAUAACAUGGCGACGUGAAGGUGGCGAACCCAUACCGCUGCCCAACAAUACCGAAGUCAUCGCCUACAAUGGCUCCUACCUGACGAUCACUAAAGUACAACGCCUUAAUAUGGGUGCAUAUUUAUGCAUCGCCUCGAAUGGCAUUCCGCCAACGGUCAGCAAGCGCGUAAUGUUGAUUGUGCACUUUCCUCCAAUGGUUUGGAUACAAAAUCAGCUAGUCGGUGCUGCCACCGGCCAAAACAUAGCACUUGAGUGUCAGUCAGAGGCGUAUCCGAAGUCUAUCAACUACUGGACGAAAAAUGACACGAUCAUUGUGCCGGGUGAGCACUUUGCAUCCGAAACUUUUGAAAGUGGCUAUAAAAUAACUAUGCGUUUAACCAUAAAAGAUGUUGACACAUCAGACUUCGGUUCUUACCGUUGUGUGGCGAAGAAUUCUCUUGGUGAUACGGAUGGCACAAUCAAACUCUAUCAUAUUCCGCAAACAACGACAGUCACCACAUUAGCACCUACGGUGGCUCUAAAUACCGUGCCAGUGGUGGUUACGAAACACAACAACAAAGAUCAACGAUUCAGUAAAAAAAUUCACCGCACAAAAUCAAAUGUUGCAGAUAUUUCAUCGUCAUCAUCCUUGAACAAUGUUUAUAUUGGUGCCACAUCGAGCUUAUGGAAUUCACAAGACCACGGCACAGGGAGAGAGCAUAAUCAAUCUCCCGAUCACAGUAACUAUCGCAGUGAUGGGAAAUCUCCAACCAACAAACACGAUGCCGACUCACUGACCGAUGAUGUCAUUCAUGGUGCAGCGUGUAGAACUGCAAAUGCGCAUGCGCUACUGCGUUAUGCAGCUGUGGCGAUAUUUAUAGUACUUUGUGGGCGCGUGUAGCAGAUAAUAAGUUGAUUUUAGUUGGUUAAGCAAGAAUAAAUGCUCUAAACUCUAAGCCAGAUGCAGAAGAGAGAGCGCUGUAAAUUAGUUUUUAAUUUAAAUUAAAGUGGAAAUAAAUAAUAUUAAUGGAGAUAGCUAGCAGUGUAAUACAAAAAUAAAAAAUGUCAAUAAAAUUGAUAGUUAUUAAAUAUUAAACGCUUAGAAAUUUAGACAAUGCUUUUAUAAUAAUAUAAUAAGAAGUAGUGCUAGCCGAAGCAGUAUAAAUAGUCUAAGCGAGCUUAUGCUUUGCAAAUCAGUUUCGUUACUUAAUUUAGUACAUAAAUUAUGCAAGGUAUUUGUAAAAUAAUUAAAUAAAAAUUAAUUCUUAAUAGGCUUAAUUAAACGUGGGUAUUGCAUAUUUGUCAAUAAAAGCAAAGGAACAAGAAAAUCAGUGCAGUACUACUAUGGGCAAAAAAUAGUAAGACCUUUUAAGUUAAAUUCCACGCGAAAAUCCAUUCGUCGAAAUACUUUUUUCUAGAUUGAUAUGACUGCCAUUGAUAUCUAUGCCAAAUGCCAUAUCAAAAUAAUCAAUAAUUUUAGUAAAAGCUUAUCUUUCUGAAGAAAAUACAGCGAGAACGCGUUGACGACGAUCCACGUCCAAGACGACCAUCAACAUCAACUUCUGAACACGCUAGAAAAUAAAGGAAAUCAUGUUUUAUAAUUGACUAUUAACAGUCAGAGGUCUUACUUGGACCAUUGGAAUGUCAGAAGAAUUAGUAAAAAUCAUUUUGAAAGAUCAUUUGGCCUAAGAAAAGUGAAAGCACGAUUGGUGCCAGAAUCAACCAAAUUUUUGAAGAAAACAGUGUCGUGGUAACGUCUGUGAAACAAUGCUUUCCGAAUACCAGGAUGUCAGGAAACGUAUUAUUAUUGGCGGUGAGUCUUGGGUUUAUGCUUACAACCCGAAAACAGCCAAUCAAUCGGCCGAAUAUCGUGGUAAUGUUGAGCCGAAGUCGAAGAAACCGCGUCGAAACAGGUCAAAAGUCAAGGUCAGUUUUCUUCGAUUAUCCAAAUCUGGUGCACUACGAAUUCUUUCCGACCAGCCAAACUGUCAACGAGGAAUACUAUUUGAGUGUUAUGCGUCGUUGCGCGAAGCUAUUCGUGAAAAGUGGCCGGAAUUAUGGGCCGACAACUCGGUUUUUUUUUACCACGAUAAUCUUUGCACUACAUUGACUCUUUGUAAGUUUGCCGCCAAAUUUUCAACCGAUAUCGUGCCCUGACAAUCACAUUCGCCUGAUUUAGCUCUGUGUGACUUUUGGCUAUUCAGCGAACUCAAACGACCGCUCCGAGGAAUCCGUUCUGAGUCAAUUGAAGAUAUCGAACGUGAGUCGCUACGCGCAUUGAAGGCCAUUCCGGAAAUUGACUUUAACAACUGUUCCGAAGAUUGGAAAAAACGGUGGCACAAGUGGAAUUAUUUUGAAGGAGAUGACAUAGAAUUUAGAAUUUUAAAAUGAUGAAGAAAAUCUUGCUAUCUUUCGCUCAUGGUAGUAUAUUGUACUUAGUUGUAGGCUUUUUAAACGAACGCAAGCAAAUAAGCCAACAAAUAUUAAUGUUAAAGUGCAUUUGUAUUUUAUAAAUAUAUAUAUAAUAUAUGUAUAUGAUUACUGCAUUUUGUAUGUAGUUGUUGCUGUGCUGUGUUUCUCCGGGAAAAUAACAUAAAACAUAAUUGUUGCUGCUAUGGCUGAGUUUAUUGACAAAAAAUAAAAAAAAAAUAAAUAAAAAAAUUAAAAAAAUAAUAAGAAAAUUUAGAAAGUGCAUUAGAAAUAAUUUAAGUUAAGCUAAGGCUUAAGCUAAGCUCCGUUUAUGAGAAAUGCUGUCUGAUCAAAUUUGACCCGGACUGGAUCAUUUUCACUGCGCAUGCAAGCGUGUCUACAUUAAAAGCGAGGCGCAGGUUUAUGAAUAUGUCGUCGAAACUAUCAAAACAUCUACACAAAUGUGCAACGCAUGACGCUUCAAAACUGAGCUGAAGUGUAAGAACUAGUGCUUGCUGAAGGCAAAGGUAAAUGCAGCCCAGUCGAUUCACAUAAUAAGUAUAUGGAAAACUAAAGUAAGCGUUGGCAUCAUUGUAGUGGUUCAGGAGCUUAUUUUUAAGUUGAUAAUAAAGAUUUGUACUUGUAUUAAAAUAUGUAGAAUAUGUAGUCCGGGUCAAAUUUGAUCAGCAGAUAUAUUAAAAAUUUCAUUUAAUAUAUACUAGAGUAUGUCUGACUAGAAGUCGAAAAUAUUAUACGAGUAUUAAGCAUAUAAUACAUGUGACUUGUAAGGUUGUCCACUAAGUUUAAAGAAAUUGUUGCUUUAACUAACAACAAAAUAAUUACAACUGUCCAGCGACAAAUCGCCAGAAGACCUGUAAUUAGCACAUAAAUAUGCUGAUUCAAUACAUUCAGUUAAUAAUUUAUGCAUUUUGAUAUAUUCAAAUAAGUAUGAUUUAUCAAAAUGUCGAGUAGUUUUUCAAAAAGAUCCGUUGGACCUUGUUUGAUUCUACAUGCGAGAGGCAGCGCAAACAUCCACUUGAAAAUUUAACUGUUAAUUCAAAGUAAUGUUCCCUAGUAAACUAGGUAUAAUUUUUUUCUUUAUCAACAGCAUUGCGAAAUUCAUAGUUCAAAAGAUUUGGUUUUAAAUUCAAUUUUAAUUUUUUCCUGCCGAUCUUGAGUUUAAAAAUUGAACAAAAAAGAUAAAUGCGACGAAAUUUUAAUUCUAAAAUAAUUUUUACAUUUUUAUUGACAAUUAUCUGAAUUUUGAAAUUGAAAAGACCCGACCCACCAUAUGUAGUAAAACAAUUUUUUUUUUUUCAAAACUCAGUUCUUCUAUUCAACAUAGUUCUUUUCAAGGGCGAUAAGUACACUGAUUAUAGCAACCCUCCAACUUUUCGAUACCAUUUUUGUAGCCCGAUCUGUCCUUUACUUCCAAAUAAACCCCAACUUGGACGAUCGCAUCUUCAUUCGGCGAAAAUAUCUUCCGAACAAGCAUUAUUUUGAGAUAUGAAAACAGGAAAUAGUCGCUGGAGGCCAGACCUGUUGAACAUGGUGAAGGCGGAAGCAAUUAUAAGCCCAAUUUAUGGAUAGUUUUCACUGACUUUUGACACGGUGCAUUGCCUUUUGGAAACAGCACUUUUCUUUUCUUCAAAAGCGGCAGCUUUUCGACAAUUUCGUCCUUGAAGGAUGAUUCAAUAACGCUAUGUAGUCGCUGUUGAUAGGCCUUCCUUUUUUAAGGUAGCCAAUAUAAAUUAUUCCAUUCCAAUUAUUCCAAAUACAGCUGCCAUAACCUUUGACUGUUGCGUUAUUACACGCUUUGGAGCGGGUUCAUCCUAUGUAGUCCACUCGGAUGACUGUCGAUUCGACUUUGGAGUAAAAUGAUCAAGUCAUGUGUCGCCUAUUGUCACGUGUCGAUGCAAAAAUUCGAAUUUAGUACGCUUGAGCAUCUCCAAAUAAUGCUCCGAAUUGUCAAAUCGUCGUCGUUUUGUCACACAUCAACGUUAAAACUCGGGUUUAUUAUGACCAUUAUUUCCAUUAUAUGGAAAAUAUUUAAAAGAAGAUCGCUUUUAUUUCAAAAUACUUUAUGACGAUGUUUUCUUUUGAUAAAUAAAUAUUAAGCGAUGUUAAUUCUUGAACGGCAAAAGCAGUUGUUUUUUCAUCUUUCCAAUGGCAGUGAGUACGAGGUGAUUAGUGAAGAGCUUAAAGGUUAUCUAAUCCCUUCAAAUUUUCGGUCUGAACAUGGUAUAAGGUUAGAACUAACAAAACAUCAUUCAAUUCAGUCAGUUUUAAUUCAAAUAGCGCCACCUUUGUGUCAGGCCGGAGACUAUUCGCCCCUUGACUUGUUAUGCUUGGCAUACAAAUUUUUAUUUUUUACUUUUCAAUACUGAAGUUGAGAUUAAAAACUAUCAAUAUUAUUAAACGCGUAGCUUUAGACUGGAGGAGAAAAAUCCGACUUUGUUUUCCUUACUACCAGAAAAAUUGUCUUAUUUAAUUAUUACGUUUUUGGUUUUAGGCGGUUAGACCAGCAUUAAACAGAAAAAUAUUAAAUACUGUGAGAUCUCCCAUAAGUAGACACUGACAGGAACAGACUUUCGGAUCGAUUAAUAGAGUUUCCCACUAACAAAGAUCAAAUAAUGUUGAUACCUGUCAAUGUGCUUGGUUAAUGGAGAUAUCCGCUUAAUAGAGCGUCCGUUUAAAAGAGCUUUUACUGUAUGUAAAAACAUAUUUAAAAACGCUGCAAAAUUGUAAUAUUAAUAAAAGCAAAUAACAAUUAAAAUAAAGACAAAAGUUAGAAGCUAAAAAAAAUUUUAAAUCAAAAAGUCUAGUGUAAAUAAAAUGUUUUAAUUUAAUAAAAUAUAUUUAUUUAAUUAACAAGUUUUACAAUAAGCAGACACUGCUUCGCCUGCGCAGCGCAUUUCGCCAAAGAUACCAUAAGUUUUUGAAUACAACGAGAAAAAUAAUUAAAAUGUAUGUAAAAUACUAGAAUAAGUAUUAAUAAGUGUUGGGUUAAUAAUUUUAAGUAAACAUUUAGAGACACACUAAAAAAAAUAUCAAAUAAAUACAAUAUAAAAAUCAACUUAAAAGUUGCGAAUAAUCAAGGUA